GGGAGCUGAUUGAAUACUAGGACAGGAAGGGUCAGGUUUGGAGAAACAGGAAACUGAUGAAAGGAAAUGAUGCACGUCACACAGGCACACAGUGCAGUUGGUAAAAAGUGAAGCAGUCUUGAGACACAAAUGGAGUUCUUCCUCAACUCACCGCUGAAACUCUUACUUUUAGCAGGCUGGCUUUCAACUGUGCUGGGUCCAUGCAAAUCUUCAAAAACUUGUGAACGGUGUCACCAGAAUGCGACUUGUACAGCUGAGGGUUGUUUCUGCAAGAUAGGUUUUACUGGAGAUGGAGCCAAUCAGUGCAUAGAUGAUGAUGAGUGUGCAAAUGUCACUCACAUCUGUGGGGAUAAUGCCAUCUGCACAAACACAAUAGGAAGCUAUUCCUGUACCUGCUUGCCUGGAUACGUGUCAACGGGAAUUGACAAAUUUCAAACUAAUGAUGGAACCUACUGUAAAGAUCUUGAUGAGUGUAUGUCCGGUCAGAUUUGUGGGCAAUUCUCCAAAUGUCACAACACAAAUGGCUCUUUCUACUGCUCAUGCCAAAGAGAUUAUACAACAUCAUCAGGAAAUAUCCAGUUUCAGGGAGAUAAUACGACUGAGUGCAAAGAGGACCCAAAUAAGGACUGUCAUCAGGACACAGGAUGUAUAACAAAGACUGUUAAAACCACAGUUAAAAAUAUCAUUAACCUGCCAGAUCCACAGCAGCAAAUGGAGGAGAUAAAUAACCAAACAUCAGGUGACCUUGCUCCAGUCACAAUAAUCUCUUACAUUGAUGCCAUGGAAGCGUCUGUGUUACAUUUUGCAAAUGAGUCUCAGACAGACAGUGCCAUAAAUGCCACGAUCAGGAAUUUGAUUCAGAGCGUGAAUAAUCUGGUGGAAAAGGAGGAAAAGGUGGCAUGGAACAGAAUGAAGGAAGAUACCAAGGACCAUUACAUAACUAAGUUACUACAUACAGCAGAGCAGGGAGCAAUGGCACUUUCUAAAGCCUACAAACAUUCAACUGAAGUGCAAAUCAAAACAGCUGACGUAGAACUGAAACUCUACAAAUUUGUCCCCCAGGAAAAACAGAAGUCCAGCAUUUCAGCAUCAAUAGGCGGAGAUUCUAUUUCACUUAGUCUCAAAUAUAUGAAAGAGGAAAAUACAAACAGGAGUGUCUCUGUUAUAUUCCUGCACUAUGACAGCAUUGGGCCUCUGAUGAAGCCCAAUUCUGACCCCGGGGUGAACGACUAUAGCCGAUACGCCGAAGCAGGAGAGAUCAUAGUAAAUUCUCCUGUAAUAGCUGCUGCCAUCAGUCCACCGGAUGUUUUCCCCUUGGAUUAUGUGACCUUCACUCUAAAACACAAUGAGCAUAUAGACCCUGAAACUGAUGAGACCAAAUGUGCUUUCUGGGACUAUUCACUGAGCAACAUGAAAGGUCACUGGUCCAUCGAGGGCUGUACGCACUCUCAUGUCAACAAGACCCACACAACCUGCUCCUGUAAUCAUCUGACACACUUUGUCAUCCUCAUGUCCUCUGGCCGGGCCAAUCUCGCUGCACACUACAACGUACUGAAUCGCAUCACUCAGCUGGGAAUGGUGAUCUCCAUAAUCUGCUUGUUCAUGUGUAUCUUCACCUUCUGGUUCUUCAGUGAGAUUCAGAGCACCAGGACAACCAUCCACAAGAACCUAUGUUGCAGUCUUUUCAUGGCCGAGUUUAUCUUUCUAAUUGGGAUCAAUAUGUAUGCGCACAAGUUGUUUUGUUCGGUUGUUGCUGGGUUGCUGCAUUAUUUCUUUCUGGCUGCUUUCGCAUGGAUGUGCAUCGAGGGCAUACACCUGUACCUGAUUGUUGUCGGCGUCAUCUACAACAAAGGCUUCCUACACCGCAACUUUUAUAUAUUCGGUUAUGGCAGUCCAGCAGUGGUUGUCACAAUCUCUGUAACUCUUGGCUAUAAAUACUAUGGCACAAAUUCUGCAUGCUGGCUAAGCACGGAAAGAAAUUUCAUCUGGAGUUUCAUUGGACCUGCAUGUUUAAUUAUUCUGGUGAAUUUGUUGGCAUUUGCUGUAAUCAUCUAUAAAGUCUAUCGUCAUACAGCUGUGAAGAAGCCUGAAAUCAGUCACUAUGAAAAUAUCAGGUCUUGUGCUAGAGGAGCUCUUGCUCUCUUAUUUGUACUUGGAGCUACAUGGACAUUUGGCGUGGUGCACAUCCUCAAUGAGACCACUCUCACAGCCUAUCUCUUCACUUUUGCUAAUGCCUUCCAAGGGAUGUUUAUUUUUAUCUUCCUCUGUGUUUUGUCUAGAAAGGUUCAAGAAGAGUACUACCGAAUGUUCAAGAAUGUGCCGUGUUGUUUUGAAUGCCUGAGAUAAGGAAAUCAGAUUUUUGGACACUCACCACCGUGGAAGCAACCUAAAAAAUAUUUCAUAACUCAUAAGUAUUUGAGGUUACAAAAAUUUGAACCUUUUUGUCACCUACAAAAAAAAAUAACUAUUUUUUAUAUUUCUAUGUAGCAAAUGUGAUAAUCAAACCCAUCCAUCAUACUGAAAUUAGUAGUAAAAGUAGCAUUAUGUGUUAGUAAAUAGUAGUUAAUCUGUUAUUUGUGUGGCAGCACAGGAAAACCCAUCGGAUGACAGUGUGAUUGAAUUCUGACAAAAAUACUGCUUUUCUGCCUAUAACGUCAACUUAACAUUUUAAUUGUGCCUAGGUUAUAUUCUUGCAUAGACCCUGUUGGGUAAGGAGCCAGUUUGGCAAAAUGAUGGUGUAAAAAAAAAUUCAGUAUGAAUAAAGAUGUCUAAAGCAACUGUGCUGCAGUCGAAGUUAAAUACUUUAAAUACUUUAAAUACUUUUUUUAGUUAAAGACUUUAAAAUGCCAUAACUUUACUUGUGAUUGAGAUACACACAAAUAUACUUCAUUUCAAGAAAAGCUGUAGUUCAGAACUAUACAUAGUAGAAAAUUUCACCAUAUCAAGGGUUUUCCCAGGCUGCCACAUAUUUUAUUCACUGUGCACAUUGCAAAUGGAUGUAUUUGAAUACAGCUUAAAAUGUACUUUUGUAAAUUUAACAGUAAAAGUACUGCACUCAAAAUGUACAAAAACUAUUAUAUACAGUAACUAGUUCAUCUGCUCAGUUAUUUACUACACAGAGUUUUGUUUACAUAAUAUUUAAAGUUGCUUAAACAAAGUUGUGUUUCUGCCUGUAAAAGAGUUGUAUUCUUUAUGUAUUGUAUAAAUCGUUGUUAAUGA